UGUAGCUCCCCUUUCCCACACCCGAUAUUCCAACUGCUCACAGUCUCUGAUCUCUGACCUCCCAUGGCUAAUGCAGCUGCAACCCGGCUCAGCGGGCCGGUCCUACCAAUUCCCAACUAUGGAUCCGCCUCCCCCAAUCGCGUCAACCUCCCCGCCGUCCGCUCGCCCGCCAACUCUGUCAGCGUCUCGUCACCGCCUGCGUCUUCCGCCGCCGUCAAGAGCCGUCGCUCCUGCAUGUGUUCACCCACGAACCAUCCGGGAUCCUUCCGCUGCAGCCGACACAAGGAGCGUACACAGGAGGCCCCGGCCGUCCACAGCCACUGCCACAGCAAGCCGGCGUCCCCGCCUACUCCGCCGCCGUCCGCCGUCUCGACCGGCUCUGGCGCGGCAGAAGGCGCUGGUAGCCGUAUAUUGGCCCGCAGGGCGAUCAAUCCUCCCCACAAGGCGCUGCACCAGAGACGCGCCGGCGGAGGUUUGCGCCCCCGCCCCCAGCCCAGCCGUCUCUCCAGCGUCUCCUGUGCCGGCCACAGCCGCCAGUGAACCAACCAACACCGUCGACAUGCCAUAGCAGCGAGUUACUCGUACAUAGUACAUAGUGUGCAUAGCAAACAAAACCGGGGAGAAAUUCCCCUAAUAAUUCACCGCUGUAAAUAAUAGAAGCCGGUGGGAUCAGGCUGGGAGACUGGAGUUUUGGAGCCAAUCGGUCCUGGCUCUGAUCAUCAGCCCGUCCAGUGUACAUAGUACAUACAUACAUACUGCCACUGUAUAUAGAGAUCGAUUGUAUAGUUCGUCGUCCUCUCCGAUGUGUAUAAGACCCCUAUGGUUUUGGAUAUAUAUACAUAAGUGACUAAAUGGAGACAUACAUACAAACAUGCGUCUGGUUUGGCUUAUCCACCAUGGAUGAUUGUUGGUUGCCAGUUGCCACAACAACUUGCUGCUUCUGUUUCAGUUUCUGGAGUGUGUGGCCACGUCUCGCCCCUGUUUCUGUUUUGGAUCACUGGAUAAGCUCGGCGCAGCAGAGAGAUCGUCGGUGGCGUCUUGCCGUCGCUUCCUCCGUCACGCGACACCCGUGAGUGCUUUCCCCCGGCCGGACGGAUCAGGCAAGGCUAGCAGCUUGGAGCACGGGGAAAUUUCUCAAGAGGUCGCUGUAAAAACUUGCGAUGCAACCGAUGAACUGAGAUUUUUGUACUGCUGGUGAUAAUUUUACUUAUCAUUUUGUAAGAUCCGUUGUAUUCUUUACUGUUGGCCCAAAGGACGGCGGAGUGGUUAGGAUUCCCUGCAACUAUUGAACUUGCGCAAGAAGAUGGUUGGAGAACGGUUGGCGCGCGCACACAGCAGGGAAACCGUCAGUCACCUGCUCCUUGCUGGUUGUAGAAGGCGAUACUCCUUGAUCAGUUCAGUUUCUUCGCCAGAAAUCAGUUGCCGCUUUCAACACCUGUUGGCGGCUUGGCGCCUUGCCACUUGUAGUGCAGUAUAGUAGAGUAGCAUCUCUCUAC